AUGAUAAAGAUUAGCAAAAUGGUAAUACUCUGCCUUCUUCUUAUAUUUCAUGCUUCAGCACAGGGAGGAAUUACCUCAAAUAGUGACGAAACUAACAUUUUGCAUUCACCUUGGAAGUGGUUGGCAGAUCUACUUGUGAAUUAUCCAGCGAUCUCAACAAUUUUAUCGGUAAUAGUCCUAAUGACACUUUUUUUUGUGAUUUCAAGCUGCAAAAAACGCUGGCAAAAAGAAUCUGACGUCAGAAUAUUAUUGUACUCAAGAUCCUUGAAUAAAAAGGAAAAGAAAAGCCUUUUGGGUUAA